AUGGUCCUACCAAAGAGCAAGAACAGUGUAGGACUGGGCAACAGUUUGAUGAACGAUCGUUUUGGUAAAGGCAAGGGCGCAGACAGAAAGAAAGUAUCUGCUCAGCAAGGUGUCAUCCGAACAGAUCAUACCACUGGUCAAACCUAUGUGACCAACGCAGCCAAGGAGGCGUCAUGGGUGAAAAUGCGCAGUGUUACCGAACAGGGUGCCCUUGACGAGUUCCUUUCAACGGCUGAAUUGGCUGGCACCGAUUUUACUGCAGAAAAGAUGAACAAUGUCAAGAUCAUUCAUACCGACCAGAAGAACCCUUACCUGCUCAGUGCUGCCGAGGAAAGAGGCGCUCGGAGAAAACACGCCCAAAAUAAAUCAAGACUGACUGUCCCAAGAAGGCCUGCAUGGGACGACUCUACCACCCCACAACAGUUGGAUGAACGAGAAAAGGCAAGUUUACUGGACUGGAGACGCGGCCUCGCCGAAUUACAAGAGAAUGACGACCUUCUUAUGACCCCGUUCGAGCGAAAUAUUGAAGUCUGGAGGCAAUUAUGGCGAGUCAUUGAGAGAUCAGACUUAAUCGUGCAGAUUGUCGAUGCUCGAAAUCCACUACUUUUUCGAAGUGAAGACCUGGAAAAAUAUGUCACUCAUGUCGACCCCAAGAAGCGGAAUUUACUUCUUGUCAACAAGGCCGACAUGAUGACAGAAGAGCAGAGACAAGUCUGGGCAGACUACUUCCAGGCUCAGGGCAUCAAUUAUAAGUUCUUCUCCGCUCACCUGGCCAAGGAGAUGAAUGAGGAGCGAGAUGCCCUGGAAGAGCUUGACGCAAGACAAUUGCAGCAACAGAUUGACCGCAAUCAACCUGAAAAAGCCAUGCUUCAGAAUGUCCAAGACCUCAAUCUAAAGGAAACGGAAGGAGAAGAAUGGUCCAGCGAGAACGAUGACGAAGUGGAAGGCACGGAUGAAGAAGGUGAGGAAGCUGAAGACGAAGCCGAGGGUAAUUCAGCGAAAUCCGACCCCAAACGUGAUGAUCGCUCGACCGCGAAAACUCAGAUCUUGACCGUCGACGAACUCGAAGCCCUUUUCCUGGAAAAUAUCGAGGCAGACAGCGCCACCGAUCGAAAAACCACCAUCGGCUUAGUCGGCUAUCCGAACGUGGGAAAGUCGUCAACCAUCAACGCUCUUAUUGGCGCCAAAAAAGUCAGUGUGUCAUCAACACCAGGUAAAACAAAACACUUUCAGACCAUUCAUCUGUCCGAUCGUGUAAUUCUCUGUGAUUGUCCUGGUCUGGUGUUCCCCAACUUCGCAACAACAAAGGCGGAAUUGGUUUGUGCUGGCAUCUUACCGAUUGAUCAGCUCCGCGAGUUCACUGGGCCCGGCGCACUUGUCGCACAGAGAAUUCCUCAGCCAUUCUUAGAAAAUGUUUAUGGUAUGAAAAUUAUCACUCGACCAAUUGAAGAAGGUGGAACCGGUUUCCCUACGGCGUCCGAGGUUCUUCGAUCCUAUGCAAAAGCACGAGGCUUCGCAACAACUGGCCAUGGACAACCAGACGAGUCUAGGGCCGCAAGAUACAUUCUCAAGGAUUAUGUCAAUGGCAAACUCCUGUACUGCCACCCCCCACCUCAAGACCCAGAGAUCGAUGGGAAUGAAUUCAACGCUGCCCUGUAUGAUUUUGCACAUCUACCAGCUAAAAGACAAGCCUGGCUGAUUGCACACAACGAUGAUGCCAGCGCCAUUGAUACCAUAGAAUCACAGCCUUACUUGCCCGGGCGACCACAAGAAACCGGAGCUCGCUCGAAGAAUCUCGACAAAGGCUUCUUUGGUCCAGGUUCACGCAAUGCGGGGCAUAUUACACGGCCGUUCAGUCACCAAUACACAGAACAGGGGAAACAACAGAAGGAACUCCAUGGCCGUAAGGCACGGACAAUGGUAGCUCUCGAAACUAACGUCGAUCCCGCUACCCUCAAGCUCAACAACAAGAAGCAUAUGAAAGGCGCCAAAAAGAAGACACGGAAUAUAAGAGCCGCUAACGAUGAUGACGAUUAG